UAUUGGCCCACAAUGGGCCAUUUAAUCAAAUUAAUGUGUUGUUUUUCAAAGUAUUUCAUACAUGGCUAUAUCGCUGAAUCGGCAAGAACUAGAGAUGUUGGAGCAGGGACUGUCUCUCACUUCGUCGUCUUCCAGCUCUAGAGAUGUCAAACAAAGGGAAGUUCCUGCCCUUCAUCAGGAAGGAACAGGAGAGGCUCAGAAAGAUUCUAUAACGCCGGCAUUGAAAGUGAUUGAAUCUGCAAGAGCUGACCAAAUCUCAUCGGGCACUGAUCAGGAAAGACAGGGAACUUUUUGUCCAACUCAGCAACUGGCCCCAGACGCCGUCCACCACCUGUGCCCUACCACAAGCCCCAGACUGAUCAAGAAAACACAAGCCUCUGCCUCAGCCUCCCACCUGAGAAGCCCCCCUCUUCUGAAAAAGCUCGGAGCCUCAAGUGGCCACGUCCUGUCUACCGGCCUCGUCCUGCCCCCAAGUCCAAAAUUAAGAAGUAAAUCAGAAAGCGUCGAUGCAGUGUUAAGCUGUACUAAGCCUUCGUCGAUUUUAUCUGCGUCGUCAUCGCCUACUUCACCGGCCAGAAAAUAUUUCAAGUAUCUCUCGUCUCCUGCAGCUUCAUAUCAGCGCAGAAGAGGCAGUGAGCCAGUUCUAGAUGGAAUCUCUGGCACAGAUUUUCAACAAAUCCAGAUGAGCGUGACUGACCGCAGAUGGGAGAAGCUGCGCUCUAUCCUCGUUGCCAUGAAGGAUGAACCAGUAGACAUUGAAACCAUCAUGGUGGAGUCCUCACCGCCCGAUCUUCUGAGCAAACUGCAGGAGAAGGUCACUGCCCAAGAGGAACUGUGUUCUCUGCGCAAGGAAAUAUCUUCUUUGCAUGAUUCGCUUGACAAGAAGGAGCUGGAACUUCAUCAAGCUGAAGUGGAGAGAGAUUCAGCGCUAGCUUUUAUUCGACAACUCAAAGUUGGAGACCAAACGCCAGCCACAGAGAAGCCAGAGAGUAAGAAGUCAACGGGUGAUGCUGCACAGAGGCGGGGUGUCCUGGACCUGUACAAGAAUGGUGUUGAGGAACUGAAGUCUGACAAUGUCUCCAAGGAGGAUGUUCUGGACGUUUUGUCCUCGCUCCUGGAGGAGGUGUUGGGUCAGAGGUCGUACCUGGACCGCCUCAUGUCUGUCGUGCUUCAGCGGGCGCCUUGGAUGCUGGAGGAAGUGGACACUGCUGGACCCUGGAGCAGCGGUCACUUCCCUGCGGAGGAUGACGACGACUACGAGUACUGUCAUGACAGCGACGAUGAAGUGUGGUGCUAGCCCCGACGGGAAUUGUUUAACCCUAUCCCUACAUACGUUGUGUUUUACUAUCGUAUCCAUACGACGUGGGGAACUCUGUUCCCCCACUUUCAAAGGGGAAAUUUACUAGUUAACCCUAUCCGUAUGUCGUGUUUUACUAUCAUAUCCGUACGACAUGGGGAACUCUGUGCCA